UUAGUCGCGCGCUCCAUAUCCUCUCCCUUCUCGCACGCUAUGUAUCGGCAUGAGUGUUGUUGUUCUCUACUUCCCACAUUCUCCAAAUUCUUCAUCGGCGCGAUCUUGUGCUUGUUCUAUUUAUUGUUACCCUAUUAUUGUCCUAUCAUCAUUCGCACGGCGACACUUGUACGAGGUACACUAUUCCGUAUCGGCGUGUUAUCCUCUCCAAUAAUACUCUUGCCACUUCCCACAGUUUUUCAUCUUAUUUUUUUCCGUCGUUACAUAUUGUGGAAAGUGUCGAACGUGUAAUCCGUGCGAUAAUAUAAUCGAGUUUUACUUUGUCCGAAUGACAAAGUACGCGGGAGUAUCGUUUAAAACGUCGUGCGAUUUUUGUAUUCGCGAACGCAUGUGAGUGCUUUAAAAAACUGGAAGAAAGUCCGAGAGGAGGAGGAAAAGGCUCAGGAAAGGCAUCGGGCGCCGGCGGAGCAACUUUAGGAUUAACUUGUGAACAACUCCUGCUGCGCAUCCUGUCGUAAUAGCGGGAAUAUUGGGUAAAAAUCAGAUCAGGCUCACCUGCAAAUCUUUGAGCAGGAUCUAUUCAGCAGCUCGUCUACACGAAAAACGACACCGAAGAUGGCUUCCCAGAACGAUCGAGAGGAGCAGCGCACUCCGAAAAGAAGAAAGCUAAAUGACAGAGACGAAAAUGCAGCGGCAGAAGGACGCCAUGCCGAAGAAGACGACAUUGUGGAGAACACUCCUGAGAGAACGAGAAAAAGUAGCGAAAGCAACAUAAAAACAGUUGAAUCGAGGAAAAGUACAUCACGUUUAUCAACGAUUACGAUUACGAGCGGUAGCUCUAUUCUUACGAUGCCGCUGUAUGAAAGCACGCCAAAAAUAGCGCAAUAUUGCAGUAGCGAAAGCAACAUAAAAACAGUUGAAUCGAGGAAAAGUACAUCACGUUUAUCAGCGAUUACGAUUACGAGCGGUAGCUCUAUUCUUACGAUGCCGCUGUAUGAAAGCACGCCAAAAAUAGCGCGUCCCACCGUAUCCGGGCAGAGCAGGAAACUAUACAGCAAACAGGAAACUAUAGUGAUCGGUAGUAAUUUGCUGCCGAAGCAGACGGAUGGUAAGACGUCGGAGAACGUCCUGUCUGACAGACAACAGCUAUGCUUUUUAUGUACCAGCUUGUCGAAAGUUCAAGUAUCGCUCGUGAAGAAACUCGCGGCGAAGCACAGCGCGAAUUACGUGAACCAGUUCGAUCGCAACGUAACGCACGUCAUCGUGAACACGACCGGCAAGCGGAACGUAGCCAAAAGUAGCACGCUCAAGUAUCUCCAAGGUAUAGCUCACCGGAAGUGGAUAGUCAUCUAUAGGUGGGUCGAGGAUUGUAUCAUGCAAGAGAAACUGCUGAAUGAAGUUCCCUACGAAGCGACUACGUCGCCGUCAUCAUUCAAUGACGGCGUCAUCGGCGUUAAGGGCCCACGGAAUUCCAGACUGCGCGAAAAGGAUCUGUUUGAAGGGUUCACGUUUUUGUGCAUUAAACCGUAUCACAACGUCUCGCUCAGCCAAUAUCAAGACUUGUUACUCGCCACUGGAGCCACGGUGGUCGACUCUCUCGAAGAUCUCGCUAAGAAAGGAGGCAUGAAAGGCGUGGUAAUCCAGUACAAUACUCAUGAUACUGAAAUGAUCGAACGUUGGUAUUACACUGCCAAAGCGGCGCCCAUUUUCGUCGAAUGGAUAGUGGAAUGUAUCGGACAAUACAAAUUACUGAAGCUCGCAUCACAAUAUUUGUCGGUGGAGGACUUUCAGGCCAUCGGCUAUCCACGAGAGCUCGUGGAAGAAUACGAAGAAUACAGUGACGUUGAAUUAAUAUAAAAGAAUUAAUAUAAAAGAGAUAUAUUUUUUGAAUAAUUCUUAUUGACUCGUAUAUACAUCAUUAUAUAUUUUCGACACUCUAACGAUCUUCACUAUAGUAGUAUUCUUAUGUUUAAGUUAUGUUAGCACUUACGAAACCUACAUAACUGCGUGAAUUAAACUUCUAUCAUUUGCCAUAUCUAUCGUUAUAGUAUUAACUGUUACAUGCUGUUAACUGUUACAUGAUUAUAUUGUUUUUUUUUUAUAUACAGUAUAUAUAUGU